UGUAUAGUCACAUGACAGAAAUUCUCGUGACCGAUAUUCCUAAUAUUGCUCGAGAACACUUUGAUUAAACAUUGAUUUGACGAGUUGUGUGGUGAUAAGACCUUCCGCAAUGAAGCUCCUUGUUCUUUCGUUGUUAGUGGCUGCGGCUGCCGCGUCUCCCUUACUUGGCAGUGAACGUUGUACGUGGGGCCCGUCAUAUUGGUGCAGUCACAUUAAAGCAGCCAAAGAAUGUAAUGCCGUCCAGCACUGCAUCAGCACAGUUUGGAAGAACCAGAAGCUUCCAGCUGUCACGGAUGGAAAGAGUGGAGAGCUUUGUCAGUUCUGUGAGGAUACUAUGAAAGAAGUGCUGAACAAGGUUAAAGGGGGAGAGAAGGAGAUUCUGGCUUAUUUGGAACAGGCUUGUAGUAUCAUUCCCGAUUCUGGCUUGGCAGCCCAGUGCAAGAGCAUGGUUGAUGAGUUCUUCCCACAGAUCAUGCAGAUGGUUAUUGCCGAGCUUGACCCGAAGACAAUUUGCACUGCUGUGGGAUUCUGUACCCAAGGGUUCAAACCCAAGCCUGAAGCCAAGGUUCAGGGCCAAAAGCCUUUGGACAACAUCCUUGGUCAUGUCCAGUUGAUUAAGACACAAUCAAAGGCGGUAUCACACACUCUGAACUUUGAACCUGCACAUAAUGUCAAAGUAUUCAAUCCUAAGGACACUUCUGGUGACAAGAAAGCUAGUCCGUCUGAGCAAUGUGAAAUGUGCAAGUUAGCUGUUGCAGAAUUAAAAAAGAUUACCACAGAUGAGGCAAAGCAGCAAGAGAUUGAAACAUUUAUUGAGAAAUACUUAUGUGGCAAUAUUGGAAGUAUAAAGGACGAGUGUGAUAAAUUGGUUGUUCAGUAUGGACCACUCAUCUUCCAGUUCCUUGCACAGGAAAUAGACCCUGAGACCCUCUGUAAAGCUAUUGGCCUGUGCACUAGCAUGAAGAAGCCUUUAAUGUCCCUCCUGAAAGAAACAAAUGGGGUACAGUCCAUGAGCCAGGUCCCAAUGCAAAUGAUGUCUCCAGCCGCCAAGAAGUUGACAGUUCGUUCCAGCACUCAAUGUGUCGUGUGUGAAUUCCUCAUAUCCAAAUUGGAGUCUGAAUUAAAGGACAAUGCAACUGAGCAAGAAAUCAUCACUGCAGUGGAGAAAGUGUGCACACUUCUGCCAAAGACGGUUCAGACCGAGUGUCAGAAUCUUAUUAAGCAGUAUGGCAAUGCUAUCAUCACCCUCCUCGUGAAUGACGUCAAACCAAAAGAGGUUUGCACUACACUUGGUUUGUGUUCUGCAACGGAUAGAGUUCCUAAGUACGUCUUCGGCACUGAAGCCUGUGUCCUGUGUGAAACUAUGGCCAUGUACCUGCAGGCUCUACUGAAGGAGAAAAAUACUGAGAUUGCUAUCCGACAAGAGUUGGAGAGAGUGUGCAACUUCCUUCCUGAUACCGAGGCAGCCAUUUGUGAUGGCCUACUUGUCAUGUAUGGAGAUAAGAUAGUUCUUGCACUUGCCAAUGAAAUAAGUGCCAAGGAUAUUUGCCAGUUCAUUGAUGUCUGCCCAAAAUCAAAGUCUUACCAAGCUCCCAAACUCGUAAAGGAACUCCAAGUUAAUGUGAAAUCAAUCGAGUUUUGUCCAAUUUGUGAACUGGUCGUGACUAAAAUUGACGAAUUCCUUAAAGAAAAUUCAACAGAGGCAAUGGUUGUGGAGGCUUUGGAUAAAGUCUGCAGCUACAUGCCCGCAACAGUCAAGGUUGAGUGCGAUGACUUUGUGAAACAGUAUGGACCAAUGGUUGUUAAGCUUCUAGCUCUACAAAUCGUUCCGAAGGACGUCUGCACUAAGCUUGGGCUUUGUACUAAGACAACACAAGCAAAGAAAGUAGCUGUCGAGAAAUUUCAAAGCGCUGUGUCAUGUGAAGUCUGUCAAUUAGCUGCUGGCUAUCUUGAUGCUUUGCUGGAGAAAAAUUCAACCGAGACCCAGAUUGAGGCUGCUUUGAACCAGCUCUGUGGAUACCUGCCUUCCUCUGUCAAGUCAGAAUGUGAUGCCUUAGUGAAACAAUAUGGCCCCAUAAUAAUUAAGCUUAUGGUUCAGGAACUUUCGCCUUCGUUGAUUUGCAAAGAACUUGGACUUUGCAUCUCUCAAAAAGCUGUAGCUACACCUAAACCUCACCUUCUUGGAGCAGAGAAAUGCACAUGGGGACCAUCCUAUUGGUGUACCAACUUCGACAAUGCUAAGAAAUGUAAUGCCGUUGAACAUUGCAACAAACAUGUUUGGAAGAAUGAGGUCUAAAUCCGAGCUAACAACAGGUUCCAUGCUUCACUUAUAAACAUACAUGAAGAACACAAGAAAGUACACAAAAUUGGGAACUUUUCUGUGUAUUUUUCAACAUUCAUAAACUAAAAACCUGAAUAUGAUUGUUUCGCCGGUAUUCAACUCAAUGAAGAUCAAACAUUUGGACAUGUAAAAUAUUCAAAUCGGUCUACAUUGUAAAUUGAAGUCUGCUACAUGUACAUGUAUGCUAUUACUUAUCAGAAAUUUAUUCUACUCUAGGAUUUUUGUUUAUUGACUGCACGUAUGUGUUUUACUUUUUUGAGCAACGAAUUCAUUUUAUGACUUGCAGUCCCUAUUAAAAGUGUAAUUGUAUUAACCCCAGAUUCAAAAUAUAUUGAUUUCUUUGUAUAACUCAUCAUUUAUAAAUUUGGACUUAAAGAACUCUGGUGUUUGAUUAUACUAAUUCUUGAAUAUUUAUUGGGAUAUUGAAGCAGGUCUAUUGCACGAUAGAUAUAUGAGGCUUUGAAGCAACAAACUUCUGCUACAUAAUUAAUUCUCUUCUUCGGUGUUAAUGGAAAAGUUUUCUUAAACUCAAAUGUGUGCUUCUUUUGCUGCUACAUGUUCAUGUGCCGGUAGUAAUAUUUCAUGUUCUUGCCAUGCUAAUAGUUGAACUCGGGGCUUCUGCUGGGAACAGAAGGGCAAAAUGAUGAAAAUUACUACAGAAGCACCAAAAACUAACCUCUGGCUUCAAGAGUAAAAGAAGAACUUCAUGUACGUAAGGAUAUUCGAUGCAUUUUGAAUACUUCCUUGUCCAAAUUUAGUGGAAGCCCUGUAAAAUAUUUUUAAAAGACGGGUAACUUAUUUCACAUGGAAAUAUUGUCCCCUUUUCAAAUUGUCUCCUUGGGAAUUGAAAAUAUUGCAUAAUUUUCCUUAGUCGGUUAUUGUUCGUAUGAAAUAUGGACUUUUGAGAUUAAAUCAAUAUCCAAUAUACGAAGGCGAUAAAUGAUCUCAUGAUAAACUGUUCAUUGAUCACAAGCCUUUAAGGAAUCUACAUGUACCUUGGCAUUUAAAGUUCAGUACUUGAAAAAGGCAUGUGAUAAGGUCUUGUGAUAACAAGUUUUGAUAGGAAUUGCGCAUGCAGGUUUUCUUCGUGUGAUAAGAGGUGAAUUGGCCACUUGAUCAGGAAAUGUUUUUCGGUUAUUCUUGUUUUCCUGAAAGCCUUGACCUUGUCAGUCACAUGACCCAGGGUAGAUGAGUUGUAUAUGUGUGUCUAUUUAUAUAUGAUAACUUCCUCUUCACAUUCUGUACAUGUACAAACCGUGUUAGGCCCACAAGUAUUUGCAAAUAAAAUUGGUGGUUUGCCAACCAUGCGUUCACCAACUGGCUAAUUUUACAAACUGAAAGCGCAGUAGUAAUUGAGAAUGGGUCAGCUCAACACCCACAGUUUGCUAAUACGUGUGCAUAAAAGGUAAUCACGUCUAGUUAGUACAUGCACCUGCAGGCCUACACAUUUUAGUUGUCACUUUCAUAGCAUCAAAUGAUGCAUGGUGAGGUAAAUUGUUGUCUGUAUGUGCGUUUGUCAGAAUCAUGUGGUGUAUAAUAAAACAUGUACCCGUUUUAAGUGCAGGAAAAUAUUGAAUUACUGAUGCUUACAUUUGUUUAGUUGUGCUUCAUCAUUUUAUCAGUUUAAAACAAUCAGAACAUACAUUGGUCGACUUUUUCAAUCUUUCCUCAUCAGAACAGAUUUUUUUCUUUCAUAAUAACUCUGUCUGUAUAUAUUGAUACUCCCUUGAAUUUUUUGGCCUACAAAAACGGUCCAUUGCAAUUUGCAAUAUUGCAAUAUUGCAAUUUGGCACAGUGAUUUUUAAAGGGGCUAAUGGCAGAAGCUUGGGAUCUAAUUGGUUGACUUCUGGUGACUAGUAUGGACAGGAGCCUGGAUGUGUUUGAUUCAGCGAUAUUAUGUUCUUAGCAUUGUAGUCUACAAGCUAGAAAAGGAGAGAGCGAGGAUAGACCCCAAUUGUUGACUUCGUGUAACUCUAUCUGACCUGCCAAAAGAGGUUUGAUUAUUCUGUUCACCAUAAAAGAUUUAGAAUUUGUGCACGUAUUUAUUUUGAUGGUUUUUCUUCCUUUAAUCAUCUAAAACUGUAAUAAAAGUCAAUCUUUCUUAAA